AUGUCUGGAGCAAGGGACCAAGCUGGAGCCUCAAGUGAGGUACACAUCCAGAGAGUGCCUUCAAGGUUUAGAGUACCUGGGGUUUGUGUAGGCUGGCGAGCCCUGCCUCAAGACGACCACAACGACACCUGCUGGGGCCUGGAUGACGUAGCCCUCACCACCAGCGACGCCUCUCACCACCCAGUUGUUGACGACUUCGACCCUGUAGAUCCUACCAACUGGAUGUUCUUCCCCGGGGCCAAGGUCAAGGAGUGGUGUGGUUCUGAGGGCAACAGCCUAGUGUUUGAGGGCAGUGGACCAGGCUCUAACAGUUUGACCACCACACGCCUACUGGACCUGCGGGCUACACCUCCGGCCCAUGACGUGAUCCUGGGACACCAUUUCAUAAAACAGCCUCCCAGCGGGUGGGUGACGAAGGCCGGGAAGGUGAAGCAAUGUUCAGGUCGCCAACGUCUAGUUUUCUCUGGUGACGGUCUGCGUAGAGUGUGUACCCCUUAUAUUGAUGCCAGGAGUGUGGGUGUAGUGAGCCUGGCAGCUGAGCUGGGUGAGUGUACCAGCAGUCACAGUGGUACAGUGAGUGUACUGGUCUACACAGAGAGGGGAGACACUAAGACAGUACUGGGAGAGGAAUUAUUAACUUGGUCAUCACAGGAGUAUGCUCUCCCUGUCCCGCCUCACCUCCAGCUUCAACACACACGGUUCUGUGUGGAGCAGAAGGGUCCUGGAAAGAAGGAACUGGACGUGUGGUUGCUGGAGUUCCUCAGACUGUUACCAUGGCUGCCAUCACAACCUCAACACUUCUUCCAGGCGCGCGUGAAUCUGGAGUGCGGAGGCGAGGUGAGUGAGGUGGAUGUGGAGACCAGUUCUGAUGGUGGAGGAACCUGGACCUCACUACACCGGCGCUGUCUACCUGGAGCCUGCUCAGGCGCACACUCAGCCCUCACAUCUGCUCUACUGCCAGAACACAUCGACAGAUGGGGGUUGGUGACGCUGCCGCUGCCCUACGUUUCGCUCACGCCCAACAGCCGCCUGCGGGUGCGUCAACUGGAGGACAACGAAGGUGUGAGACCUCGCUGGUGGGCGCUGGAUAACGUCUACGUGGGCAGGUGUGCUCAAGGCUGCAGCGGCCGGGGACUCUGUCAAGCCAGCGGUGACUGCAAGUGUGAGUACGGUUACAGCGGGACGUCUUGUGAGGCGCCAGACAGAGAUAAUCCCGUCUAUGUCUCGGAACCAUUUUCCACCACCGUCACCAACACUGCCAACAUACUUAAGAUGACUGGGGGGUCGAACAGCUUCAGGUGUGGCGUGGUGGGUACCGGCACCGCUGCUGUCUUCAGCGGGCGUGGCACCCGCGCCGUCACCACCGUUGACGUCAACACCACCCAUGCCCACUACCUUCAGUUCAACUAUGUGGCUGGGACACACAGUGAUGUUGGUAAGUGUCCAGGGCCAGACGAGGACAAGGAGAGCGUGUACGUCCACUACUCGUGUGAUGGAGGCGUUACCUGGCAUCUUCUUCACACACUUCACGCCAGGCACUACAAGGAACCCAGUCACAUCUCACUGGAGCUACCAGGUGGAGCACGGGGUCCUGGGUGCAGGUUCCAGGUGUGGCAGGAGCAUCACUCAGGUGCUGGUCGAGAUAUCUGGGGUAUUGAUGACCUUACUAUUACCUCACACAUCUUCAACAGCAUCCAGCUUGACUUCAGCGACGGAGCCGCUGCUAACAGCUCUCUCAGGUUCCACCUUGGUGAGGUGGGCGAGGACGCUUGUGGCCACGACUCAGCUCUCAUCUUUGGAGAUAUCAUCGCUACCGGAGCCUCCCGCUUCAUGGAGACCAAGUCCAUCGGUGUGGGACCCUCGUACAUGAUGCAGUUCGACCUGGUGAUCGGGUGCGGCGAUACACAGCCUCAGGAAACACCCAACAAGGUGGUGCUGGAAUACUCUGUGAACCACGGGAUCACCUGGCAGCUGGUGCACCGACCAUGUUCACCAUCUACACCUGGUUGUCAGUCACACUUCACACGUGGUACCAUCUACCAUGGUUCUGAGUUUACCCACUGGAAGAGAGUCACACUCAGACUACCUCAACACACCUGGUGAGUCAACACACUCUAACA